GUGUUUGACCUGCUAAACCGCAAAUCCAAGUUACGGGUCCUGGAGGACGGGAAGCAGCAGGUGCAGGUGGUGGGGCUGCAGGAGAGGGAGGUGAAGUGCACAGAGGACGUCCUCAAACUCAUCGAAGUGGGAAACAGCUGCAGGACUUCUGGUCAGACCUCAGCGAACGCUCACUCCUCCCGGAGCCACGCUGUGUUCCAGAUCAUUCUGCGUCGGCGGGGGAAGAUGCACGGAAAGUUCUCCCUCAUCGACCUGGCGGGGAACGAGAGAGGGGCGGACACUUCCAGCGCCGACCGCCAGACUCGCCUCGAAGGAGCUGAGAUCAACAAGAGCCUGCUGGCGCUGAAGGAGUGCAUUCGAGCUCUGGGCAGAAACAAACCUCACACUCCGUUUAGAGCCAGCAAGUUAACCCAAGUACUGCGGGACUCCUUUAUAGGAGAGAACUCCAGAACCUGCAUGAUUGCGACCAUCUCUCCUGGAAUGGCUUCGUGUGAAAACACCUUGAACACGCUGAGAUACGCCAACAGAGUAAAGGAGUUUGGGAUAAGUCCCUCAGACAUUCCCUUCUCCCAGAGCGGGGGCGGAGGGAGUCGCUCUGAGCUCUCCCCUUCCUACGAGGUGAAGGAGCUCACCGUCGACCCCGCGGCAGCGAUGGACGGCCGCCAGGGAGGACACGUGAACCAGCUGGAGGUGCUGGAGGCUCAGUGGGGAGUCGGGAGCUCGCCGCAGAGAGACGACCUGAAGCUGCUCUGUGAACAGAACGAGGAAGAAGUUUCACCGCAGCUCUUCACUUUCCACGAAGCCGUCUCUCAGCUGGUGGAGAUGGAGGAGCAGGUUCUGGAGGACCACAGGGCGGUGUUCCAGGAGUCGAUCCGCUGGCUGGAAGACGAGAAGGUGCUUUUGGAAAUGACGGAAGAGGUCGACUACGACGUCGAGUCGUUCGCAACUCAGCUAGAACAAAUCCUGGAUCAGAAGAUAGACAUUCUCACCGAGCUGAGAGACAAAGUCAAGUCUUUCCGUUCUGCACUCCAGGAAGAGGAGCAAGCCAGCCAACAGAUAACCCCGAAGAGGCCUCGCGCACUAUAAAACACAUAAAAUAUAAAAAGAUGUCUCACUGUAAUAUUGACCUGGCUUCACAAAGGUGAACCAACAAGAGCUGGUUGAGCUCAGCUGUGAUCUUACGACUUACUGUCUUUCUCUGUGCGUUCGUGGUCUCUCCUCAACCUCUUUGCUGUACAGGCUGCCGUCGCUACCCAUCAUGCAUCCGUCCACCUGUAAGAGCAGGCCGUCGUUGCUCUUCCAUCCUCCCGUGAAGUGAAUUUACAAGGUUUUUUUGUAUGUGUCACAAGUGCUUCAUAUUUUAAAAAAAAAAAGACAAAAAGGUGAAUAAUUAUUUGUUUUAAAAGACAUUUUUAUAGGGUCAAUCAUAGCUUAUCCUCACUUUGGCCAAUUUUAUAAACAACUUUUGCCAUUUUGUGCAAUAUUUGGAGAGUUUUCUUCCUGUUUCCUCCCCCUUGUUUCAGCUCUGGGGGGUGAACAGGGCACGUCGAGUUUGUGUGUAAAAUGAGCCAAUGUGUGUUUGUGUUGAUACUGUAUGUAAUAUAUGUUUGAUUGAGAGAACGCUUAAAAAACACAAAACUAACCUUGCAUUAUGUUAACUGACCUAACGGGGGCACUAUAAUCAUAAGCAACUGAUUUCAGAGUGUUCCAGUACAACAAUUACAGAAAGUCAUUUUUAAUCUGCCAAAAUAAACAAAAGGUUACUUCUU